AUGGGAGAAAAGGCCUUUGUGGCCACGGGCAGCGCCUCUGGGCGCGCGUUGACCUUUGUGCUCUCCGUUCCAGGGAGGGUUCUGCUGAGGGAGGUGCAGGCGCUCACGCUCCACCGAGGUCAGUACACGACAUCCCGGCGGACGGCUGCGGUCCCGCAGUUACAGUGCACUGGAGGCACUGCUGGGUGCUCCCGCAUCCCUGAGGUUGUUCAGUGUUACAACAAAGGUUGGGAUGGCUACGAUGUACAGUGGCAGUGCAAAGCAGACUUGGAACAUACGUACCGUUUUGGACAGAUUGAAGUGAGCUGUGAAGGCUACGAUUAUCCAGAUGAUCCUUAUGUCUUAAGAGGCUCUUGUAGUUUGCUGUUCAGACUAGAGCUGACUGAAGAAGGUGAAAGGAAAGUGAAGAACUCUGGAAGUUUUGGCUCUGGCUAUCAUCAGUCAAGGAAGGAUCCUUCCGAUUCUGGUGCUGGAGCACUUGUUAUAAUUGUUCUUCUGGUUCUUGCUUUUGGAGUGUACAAGCUCUUCCUCAGUAACCAGCAGCCUCAGCAGAGUUUUGGUGACAGUGAUGGAUUCACUAGGCCUUCCUGGCAGAGUCAGCACGCACCUCCUCCUCCUGGUUUUAAGCCCAGCUUCACAGAAGGCAACAGCUUUGGGACUCAUUCCAGUCAUGGAACCAAUUCAGGACCAGGAUUUUGGACUGGAUUUGGAGCAGGAGGCUUACUAGGCUACUUGUCUGGCAGUCACAGAGCACAGCCACGUUCCCCACAUUACAGUACGUGGACAGAUACCACAGCUGCACCUCCAAUGAAUGGGCAGUCAAGCAAUUCCACACACAGUAGCAGUUCAGGAACAAGAACGGCUUCUGGCUUUGGAGGCACAAAGCGAAGAUGAAAUCCUUGUUGUCAUUACAUCUGAGUGAAUGAACUAAAUCUUCCUGUGUGAUAGCACUUUUUUUAGUAGUAUGCUUCAGAAGUGAAUAUGAGAAGAGGUAUGAAGGAUUAGGCAAAG